CCAAUCGGCAAGAGAUUUCUUGUUUCCUGGCAGAGCGGGGUCCCGGCACCGCGGCGCUCGGUUUUGUUUGGGUCCUGGGUGGAGGGCCCGGGUGCCGGGACCCGAGGUGCGGCCUCGCUAGCGGGAGAGGGAGCGGGAGUCAGCGGCCCGGAGAGAGCUCUCAGGGCCAGAGUGGGGCAGGAGGAUGCUUCCCCGGCCCCGCCAUGGAGCUGCGCUGUGGGGGCCUGCUCUUCAGCUCCCGCUUUGACUCAGGGAACCUAGCCCAUGUGGAGAAGGUGGACCCUGUGGCUAGUGAUGGGGAAGGGCUAGCAGGUGGGGUGGCAGCGGCCUCCAUCGGUGGCAUGGCUGCUCUCCCCGACUACGAGUUCAAUGUGUGGACCCGGCCAGACUGUGCUGAGACGGAAUUUGAGAACGGGAACAGGUCAUGGUUCUACUUCAGUGUCCGGGGAGGAGCCCCUGGGAAGCUCAUCAAGAUCAAUAUCAUGAACAUGAACAAGCAAAGCAAGCUCUACUCCCAGGGCAUGGCCCCCUUCGUGCGUACACUGCCCACCCGGCCACGCUGGGAGCGCAUCCGGGACCGGCCUACCUUUGAGAUGACAGAGACGCAGUUUGUGUUGUCCUUUGUGCACCGUUUCGUGGAGGGCCGCGGGGCCACCACCUUCUUCGCCUUCUGCUACCCCUUCUCCUACAGUGACUGCCAGGACUUGCUGAACCAGCUAGACCAACGCUUUCCGGAGAACCACCUCACCCAUAGCAGUCCCUUGGAUACCAUCUAUUACCACCGGGAGCUCCUUUGCUAUUCCCUGGAUGGACUUCGUGUGGAUCUGCUCACAAUCACGUCCUGCCAUGGGCUUCGAGAAGAUCGAGAGCCGCGUCUGGAGCAGCUGUUUCCUGACACCAGCACCCCCCGGCCAUUCCGUUUCACAGGCAAAAAGAUCUUCUUCUUAAGCAGUAGGGUCCAUCCUGGGGAGACUCCAUCUAGCUUUGUCUUCAAUGGCUUUUUGGACUUCAUCCUUCGACCUGAUGAUCCCCGAGCCCAAACCCUGCGUCGCCUCUUUGUUUUUAAGCUGAUUCCUAUGUUGAACCCUGAUGGUGUGGUCAGAGGCCACUACCGCACGGAUUCACGUGGAGUGAACCUGAACCGCCAGUACCUGAAGCCUGAUGCCAUCCUGCAUCCGGCCAUCUAUGGGGCUAAAGCCGUGCUGCUCUACCACCACGUGCACUCCCGUCUGAACGCCCAGACUCCAGCUGAGCCCCCGCCCAGCCCCGAGCCCCCUCCUGAGGCUCCUCUUUCCGACCUUGAGAAAGCCCAUAGUUUGCAGACGGAAGCUCACCUGGGGCCAUCGUCGGACAGGGACAAUCCCGAAAUGUGGACACAGGCGGAGCCAACAGAACAGAAGCCUGACAGUGGGUGGGCUGUGCCCCAGCAGUCUGCUGAGCUCAAGGAGCCAGCCCCAAACACUAUCCCCCCAAAAGAGAGUGGUGUUGCUUACUACGUGGAUCUGCACGGACACGCUUCCAAAAGGGGCUGCUUCAUGUACGGAAACAGCUUUAGUGACGAGAACACCCAGGUGGAAAACAUGCUAUAUCCAAAGCUCAUCUCUUUGAACUCAGCCCAUUUCGACUUCCAGGGCUGCAAUUUCUCAGAGAAGAACAUGUAUGCCCGAGACCGUCGGGAUGGCCAGUCUAAAGAGGGAAGCGGCCGCGUGGCAAUCUACAAAGCCUCAGGGAUAAUCCACAGCUACACACUUGAAUGCAACUACAACACUGGACGCUCAGUCAACAGCAUCCCUGCCGCCUGCCAUGACAACGGGCGCGCCAGCCCUCCUCCCCCACCAGCCUUCCCCUCCAGAUACACCGUGGAACUAUUUGAACAGGUGGGACGAGCUAUGGCCAUUGCAGCUCUGGACAUGGCAGAGUGUAACCCAUGGCCCCGGAUCGUGUUGUCAGAACACAGCAGCCUCACCAACCUCCGGGCCUGGAUGCUGAAACACGUGCGUAACAGCCGUGGCUUGAGCAGCACUGUGAAUGUGGGUGCCAGCAAGAAGAGGGUCUCUAGAACUCCAACCAAAAGUAACAAUGGAUUGCCUGUUUCCUGCUCUGAAAACACCUUGAGCCGGACGCGAAGUUUUAGCACCAGCACAAGUGCUGGUGGUAGCAGCACCAGCCAACAAAACUCUCCACAGAUGAAGAACUCCCCCAGCUUUCCUUUUCAUGGCACUCGGCCUGCCGGGCUGCCAGUCCUGGGCUCUAGCACCCAAAAGGUCAACCGGGUGCUGGGCCCUGUCAGAGAGCCCAGAAACCAAGACAGAAGGCGGCGGCAGCAGCCACUGAGCCAUCGCCCCACUGCAAGUAGCCUGGCCCCAUCCCCAACUCCUGUUAGUUCCGGCCCAGGCUCUUCACGCAACCUGGGCUCCUGCCUCCUUCCCAGUUCACUCAGCAUAUCAGGAAACAGUUCCUUCUUAUCCUCGGGGGACAAGCCAGAGGCUGUCAUGGUGAUUGGGAAAGGUCUGCUAGGGGCUGGAGCUCGGAUCCCUUGCAUCAGGACACGACUGCAGGCUAGGCCCAGGCUGGGCCGGGGCUCCCCGCCGCCUCGCAGAGGGAUGAGAGGCUCCUCAGGCCCCCCAUCUCCUGCACCCCGGACCAGGGAGAGCAGUGAGCCGGAACCCCGCUCUGCUACACCAGGGCUGCCUCAAGCCAGGCCCCCCCGGCCCCGCUCUGCCCCUGCCUUUGCUAUUUCUUGUAGCCUCUCUGACUCCCCAUCCAGGACUUGCCACAGCGGGGGUCCCCUGGGCCAACCUGAGGUUUGUUUUGCUCCUAAAUCCCCUCCACUCACUGUUUCUCCCCGGGUCUGAUGAUGCCUUUACUUCCAUAGGCAGGGCACAGCCCCGAUGAGGGAACACGGUGGGAAAUAUGCUAGUCCCUUCCUCAGCUUCUGGUUCCACUCCUUGGGAUACCCAAGGCACUGCAGACAGGACAGCUAGGGACCUGUCACCCUCUCCCUCCCUCCACGGCACAAGAUUUUGGGACCACAAAAAUACAGAACUAUAUUUUUAUAUUGGAGGGACACUGGGGAAGAAGCAGGGAAAAAAAAGGCAGCCCCUAAUACUGGGCCCUAUUCAAGUGGCAGCUUCCUGUUCCAUAGGGUUAAGGAAGACUUUGAGGAAAUAAAGUUGUUUGGAAAAA